GCCGCGGCCCCGGAGCACACAGAGUCGGCCUGGGGGGCCCGCGGGGUGCACGCAGCGCCGAGUGCGCGUGGGGCCGGGCCCCGCAGCCGGCUGCAGGAGUGCGCGCGCGCCACGGCAUGGAGCCGGCCCGAGAGCCCCGGCGCACCCGCCCGCCACCCCCCGCCGCGCGCCCCGCUCCCGCGGCUCCCAGGCCACGCUCGCCAGCCGAGGCCGAGGCCCGUGGCCCAGAGGGGCUGUUGCGACGAUCGGGGUCAGGCUACGAGGGUAGCACCAGCUGGAAGGCGGCCUUGGAGGACACCACCACGCGCCUGCUGCUGGGGGCCAUCGCGGUCCUGCUGUUCGCCAUCUUGGUGGUGAUGAGCAUCUUGGCUUCCAAGGGCUGCAUCAAGUGUGAGUCGCCCUGCCCUGAGGAGUGGCUGCUCUACGGAAGGAAAUGCUACUACUUCUCGGAGGAGCCCCGAGACUGGAACACGGGGAGGCAGUACUGCCACACCCAUGAGGCCGCACUGGCUGUGAUCCAAAGCCAGAAGGAACUGGAAUUUAUGUUCAAGUUCACACGGAGGGAGCCCUGGAUUGGCCUGCGCCGAGUUGGAGACGACUUCCAUUGGGUCAACGGGGACCCGUUUGACCCAGACACAUUCGCCAUCUCGGGGAUGGGGGAGUGCGUCUUUGUGGAGCCCACCAGGCUGGUGUCUACAGAGUGUCUGGCCACCCGGCCCUGGGUGUGCAGCAAGAUGGCCUACACGUGAUGAGCUCGGGCUCGAGGUGGCCCCCCGCUGCCCAGGCCCAGGGCAGGGUCUUUUCUACCCCCUGCUCCCAGCAGGAGCCGCCGCCUCUCUGAAUGGAAGCCGCGGGGCAGGUGGCCUCUGCCGCUGUCCCCCCCUGGCUCCAGCGCUCCGAGGCCCCGUCCCUGGCCUCUCUUGUCCCCAGGCAGGCCCUGCGGCUUAGCAGUUAUAGCUCACGUGCCGAGUAGUGUAGACGUCUUGCCCCCAUACACACGAGUGUGCACACGUGUGCACGCACGCACACAUCGCACACGCAGGCCCUUUGUAACAGGUCGCCCUUCCUUGGCUCUGCCUGGGAGCUUCCUCGCUGCAGCCUGGUGCUUCCGGGCAGGCGGGCAGAAGGGGGCUGACGUGGAUCACACGGCUUUGGCUCAGCAGCCUGCCCUCCCCAGUGGAUUCUCUCAGGUUGCUGGGGGAGGCAGGCAGGCACAGCUUCCUCUGCGCCUUGGAGAGAGCAGCCAGGGCGGGAGGCCCCUGUCUCUGUCCUCCCCGCCUCCCAGGUUCCUCAGGCAGGAUCCCUGCUGUGCUCUGGUGCUGUUGUACUGGCCACUAACGGAAUAAAGGCAUAACUGCG